AUGUUCAACUCGUACGGUUCCUGUAAUCCCUACUAUUAUGGUCUUGGAACAUCCACACCGACGGUUACCACAGUAACCAGUGAGCGUCCGUUGAUUAAAUCAGAGGAUACAGUUAUCGCUACUAUCGGUAACACUCCAUUUCAAAGAGCUCCUUCACCAUAUCAUAAUAUUCCAUUCGGUGCUCCUGGAUUCUUCCAAAUGGGACCAUUCGCACCGACGUUCCCUCCAGCAAUGAAUUUCUCAGCUACUUCAAACAACCCAUUUGGGUUCAAUUUCACUAGUUUUGCUACACAACCCACUACGGUUGCAGCAGAGUUCACUGGGUCUCUUGUGAAUGCCUCAAAUAGAUAUCAUGCGUAUUCUCGGGAAGCUUCUUCUUCUUCUUCUUCUGCCUCAAAUCGUUUUGGGAGAAAUAGGGGGAAGAUAGGAAGGGCCGACCAAUUCUACAAUCUCGGACAAGCCACACCGACCACUUCUUCAUUCCUGGACACCUCCACGUCUAGCUUCGGUGCUCCUUCCUCUGCAGUGACCAAUCCGAUGUCUAGCUAUCAACUGGCGUUCCAAGCGAAGCUCGGUGGUCUUCACAAUAUGCUCAGUGGAACUUCACAAUCAUUGACAACCGAUCGAAUGAUUGACUUUCUGAAGAACAAGGAGUCCUACGAGUGCAUCAUAUCGAUAUUCCACGCCAAAGUCGCUCAGAAAUCAUAUGGAAAUGAGAAACGAUUCUUCUGUCCACCGCCAUGCAUCUAUCUGAUAGGGCAAGGAUGGAAGCUCAAGAAGCAACGAGUCCUCGACCUAUACAAAUCACUGAAAGCCUCAUCCCAGAAAGAGCUUCUCAAUGCCAUGGACAACGAUCCGGUUCAAGAGCAACAGUCCACCGAGCUCGUCGCCUAUAUCGGUAUCGGAUCCGACAACGCUGAAAGACAACAGCUGGACUUUUCAACUGGCAAAGUGAGACAUCCGGGUGAUUCAAGACAGGAUCCGAAUAUUUACGAUUACUGUGCUGCCAAGACCCUUUAUAUCAGUGAUUCUGAUAAGAGAAAAUAUUUCGAUUUGAAUGCGCAGUUCUUCUACGGAUGUGGAAUGGAAAUCGGGCAAUUUGUGUCACAGAGAAUCAAAGUGAUUUCGAAACCGUCGAAAAAGAAGCAGAGCAUGAAAAACACCGAUUGCAAAUAUCUGUGCAUUGCUAGCGGAACCAAAGUCGCUCUUUUCAAUCGCCUUCGUUCCCAAACCGUCAGUACGAGAUACCUCCACGUGGAAGGAGGCGCGUUCCAUGCUUCAUCCACAAAGUGGGGAGCAUUCACUAUCCAUCUCUUUGACGACGAGCGUGGCGAGCCGGACAACUUCACUGUCAAGGAUGGUUUUGUGUACUACGGAAGUGUGGUGAAGUUGGUGGAUAGUGUCACUGGAAUAGCCUUGCCCAGAUUGAGAAUCAGAAAAGUCGAUAAACAGCAAGUGAUUCUGGAUGCGUCGUGCAGUGAAGAACCAGUCUCCCAGCUACACAAAUGUGCAUUCCAAAUGGUGGACAACGAACAAGUGUACCUGUGUCUCAGCCAUGACAAGAUCAUCCAGCACCAGGCGACACGAAUCAGUGAUACGAGGCAUCAAAUAAACGAUGGUGCCGCGUGGACAAUCAUCUCGACUGACAAGGCCGAAUAUCGAUUCUACGAGGCGAUGGGAGCAGUGGCGAAUCCAAUCUCACCGUGUCCAGUUGUCGCGUCGUUGGAAGUGAAUGGACACAAUGAGGCGUCUCGAAUUGAGUUAACUGGAAGAGAUUUUAAGCCAAAUUUGAAGAUCUGGUUUGGAGCGACAGGAAUGGAAACUACUUUUGAGAGUGAGGAGAAGAUCUCGUGUUCGGUUCCAUCGUCACAGAUAGUUCGAAAUGAUCAGACGCAUUGGAUGUUCACAAAUAAGCAAUCGAUGGAUGUAGAGGUGCCAAUUUCACUGGUUCGAGAAGACGGAGUCAUCUAUUCAACGGGUCUCAUGUUCUCAUACUCAUCGCUCCAGUGCCGAGGACCACCGAUGCGACACGCUUCCAACUAUUAA